AUGGUGGAACACUCUUCCUCGACACCAUAUGUUUCGGUGAUGGACCAGUAUGGUUACCAGAUUGGAAAAGUGAUUGGACAUGGCUCGUACGGGACCGUCUACGAGGCCUACUUUGCCAAGCAGAAGACCAUGGUGGCCAUUAAGAUCAUCUCCAAGAAGAAGGCCUCAGAGGACUACCUGACUAAAUUCCUACCUAGGGAAAUUCAGGUGAUGAAAAGCCUGCGGCACAAAUACGUGAUCAGCUUCUACCAAGCGAUUGAGACGACCUCCCGUCACUACAUCAUCAUGGAACUGGCCCCUUGCGGUGACGUCUUGGAAUGGAUCCAGAAGUCGGGCGCUUGCUCCGAGGCCCUGGCUGGGAAGUGGUUCUCCCAGAUGGCUCUGGGCAUCGCCUACCUUCACGGCAAGGGUAUCGUCCACCGGGACCUCAAACUCGAGAACCUCCUUCUCGACAAGCGCGAGAACAUCAAGAUCUCCGACUUUGGCUUCUCCAAGAUGGUGGCCGCCCAGACGCAGCCGGCCGCCACUCCUUCUUACCGUAUGAUGAGCUGCUUCUCACACCUGAGCCAGACCUACUGCGGCAGCUUCGCCUACGCUUGCCCGGAGAUCUUGCUGGGGUUGCCCUACAACCCCUUCCUCUCCGACAUCUGGAGCAUGGGCGUCAUCCUCUACACCUUGGUGGUGGCCCAUUUGCCCUUCGAUGACACCAACCUCAAGAAGUUGCUCCGGGAGACCCAGAAAGAGGUGACCUUCCCCAGCCAUCUCCAGAUCAACGAGGAAAUCAAGGACUUGGUACACCGCAUCCUCCGCCCGGCCUCGAAGCGGCUCAACAUUUUGGAAGUCCUGAAGGUCUCUUGGGUGCUCAAGUUCUUGGCAGAGAAGCCCACCACUGAGAUCAAGGCCCUGGAGGCCAUCUGCGGCCCCCGGGGUGGCGAGGGCAGCAAGAACACCCCCAGCACCAAGUCGCGUUCCCUCACAUAUACGGCGGACAAAAAGAAAGCCGCUAGCCGCACACGCAGCACUGGCCAGAUUAAGGGAAGCAAAGCCCCGGAAAAACCGAGCUGA